AUGGGUGGCAACUACUAUGGAAACUCCUGUGGGGGUUUUGGAUAUGGCUCUGGUUGUGGCUCUGGAUCUGGAUGUAGCUCUGGCUGUGGAUACGGCUCUGGCUGUGGCUAUGGCUCUGGCUGCGGCUAUGGCUCUGGCUGCAGCUCUGGCUAUGGCUCUGGCUGUGGAUAUGGCUCUAAAUGUGGAUAUGGCUCCCGAUAUGGCUGUGGAUACGGCUCUUGUGGUGGCUGUGGCUCUGGCUGUGGAUAUGGCUCUGGCUGUGGCUCCAACUGUGGAUACGGCUCUGGCUGUGGAUACGGCUCUGGCUGUGGAUACGGAUCUAAAUAUGGACAAAGCUGUGGAUAUGGCUCUGGAUCCUGUAGCUACCGACCACUUUGCUACAGAAAAUCCUAUUCCUCUUGCUGA